AUGGUAUCAACAAAUGCUGAUUUGUCCUAUAGAGAAAAGAUGGACCUCUACAAGUCCUCGAGGUCUAUUCAGACUAAGUCAGCCUCAGGAAACUCAGCCAAAGGCACUCAGGGUAAAGGAUUACAUGGAGAAGAAUUAAGAGCAUUUUAUGAGAAGGAUGUUAAGGAAGACGAAAAAAGUAAAGUAGAGAUAGCUUGCUUAUUGGCUAUUAUCUAA